GCAAAUGCAAAUGCAAAUGCAAAUGCAAAUGCAGAACCAACAGCAUACCCCCAACAACCGGACAUCCUCAUUCAGCGACGACGAAUACGACGAUAUCUUCACCGAUCUGGCAGACCACAGUCAGGAUAUGGAUAUGUCUGGGUGAUUGAUAUCUUCAUUCCAACCCCGGAGGGGACGGGUGAUACAUGAUAGAGUUGUUUCAUGGCUACUGUUAUAGAUACUGUUUGUGUGCGUUUGGUGUAUGGUGUUGGGUUUGUGUCGGUUUAGCUGGGUUGUUUUUGUUUGAAUGUUGUUGCUUUGGGGAUUUAUAUGGGCUUGGGUCAGUUUUGAGGCUCAGGAUCUAGUCUUAU